CAUCAUUCAUUGCAAAAGAAGAAUUCAAGACAAGGGCUUCAAAUUUCAUUACAAAUCCUGUUUUUUGAAAGGUUUCUUAUUUUUAUUCGAAAUCAAUACAUAAAAAAGGUCUCUUUGAUUUCAUUCAUUAUCGAAUUCUUCUCGCGAUAACUUCAAUCUCAUCGAUCAACAAGAAUUCAAGAAGAUAGAAAUUAGGGGUUUCGCCUCUUAAUCAAACCAGAAGAAUCCAUGAAUCCUUUUCAAUCUCAUCGCCUAAAAACAUCCACACCAACAUUCUAAAACCUGAACCAUUUACAAUGAGCAGACCAGAAUUCAUCGAAGACGCCACAAUAAUCGGUGGAUUGAUCGGAGUCCAGUUUAUAUACGCCGGAAACUCAAUUUUGCAGAAAUAUCUCAUGUCUGAAGGCCUUCCUCAGUCUCCUUACAUCAUCUCCCUCAAUUUCAUCACCUUUCUUAUCCUCUCCCCUCUUGCAUUUUUCUUCGAAAGGAAAGCAUGGCCGAAGAGAUUGAGCGCCAAAUUAUCUGUUCAGUUGGUUUUGAUAUCGUUUUCAGGGGUGACGUUGUUUCAGUCGUUAAUGUUGAAGGGGAUAAACUUGACUUCAGCAUCCAUGGCUACAGCAAUGCCAAAUCUUGCACCAGGUCUCGUUUUUCUCAUUGCUUGGGCAUUUAGGUUAGAAAAAGUCAACCUCACAUGCACGUACAGUAGGGUCAAAAUUGUGGGUACUUUCCUAUGUGUGGUGGGGGCCAUUACAAUGACUAUUAUGCAAAGUACUAAACGAAAAACCGUCGCGAAAGACAUCUUCCCACACGACGCCUUGUCUCCACCAACCGACCACUUCUAUAUUUUCGAUAGGGACCAUAUUGUCGGCUGCUUGUAUCUCAUUGCUGCGGUUAUAGUUCUAUCAAGCAAUGUCAUCUUGCAGGCUAUAGCUUUAAGGGAUAUGCCAACGCCUAUAUCGUUGUGUGCAAUAACAUCUUUAAUCGGUGUGAUGCUAACUGUGAUGGUUGAGUUUAUUCAAGAUCAGGAAAUUGGAAAAGAAUGGCAAGUGUGGUGUUUAAAACAACUUAUGUGGUAUGCUUUAUUGGUUGGAACAGUAUCUGGAUUUUGUGUAAGCUUCAAUGGAUACGCAAUGAGGAAGAGAGGUCCUGUUUUGGUUUCCAUGUUUAAUCCAAUUGGCACUGUAAUCACUGUUGUCAUUUCUCGUUUCUUAGGUCACUCCAUUGCCAUUGGAAGCCUUACAGGUAUGUUUGUGAUGUUUACUGGGUUGUACUUUGUUCUAUGGGCUAAAGGAAAAGAGGGAUUUUUACAAAAAGAAGAGAACGAAAUUGGAAGGGAGUAUUGUGAUGUGGAGACGCCUCUACUUCAAUGACACCAGUAUUUUUGUUGUAUUUGUUUUGGAAAAAAGAUGUUCAUUUUAUGAAAGAUAAAAAUAUACUAUUGCUAAGUUGACACGGAUUAGUGUAGGGAAACUUGAUUUUUAUAACUUAUUAGUUAAAUUUAUGCUGAUAGGGUAA